CCCGGGAGAUUUUCGGGAGAGGCACUGAAAUUCGGGAGUCUCCCGGAAAAUUCGGGAGGGUUGGCAGCCCUCUCGCUCAACACUCCUGAGGAAACAACUUGCUGGUGUUUGAGACACAACAAAAUGGCAGCAGCCAGAGGCCCCCACAGUCGCUGGCACCGGAACUUCCAGAGCAUCAUAACGGUGAAGAUGACCUCCCUACUUCUGCUGUGUACGUCUUUGCCCUUCAUCUUGGCAACAACUACAUUCCAACACCAGGAUGACACGGAUGGAACAUUACGUGUCAGUAUCCCACUGGAGAUGCAGCUGCGCCCCCUGCUGGGUGGCAAGGUAGUGGUGCCUUGCUACUUCCAGGACAACACCGUCAGCGACCCCGGCGCCCCGACGAUUGCUCCGCUCUCCCACCGCAUCAAAUGGACUUUUGUCACCAAGGAGAAAGUCAGCACCAUCUUGGUAGCAUCGGAGGGCAAAGUUCAGGUGGACAUUGAGUAUCUGGACAGAGUCACGAUGGUCAAUUACCCGCUAGUGCCCACCGACGCCAGCCUGGAGGUAACAGAGCUGAGGUCUAAAGACUCAGGCACCUACCGCUGCGAGGUGAUGCACGGGAUCGAGGACAACUACGACACAGUGGACAUCCUGGUUCAGGGUAUUGUGUUCCACUACCGUGCUAUAACCACCCGGUACACUCUCAGCUUUGAGAAGGCCAAGGCUGCUUGCAUCCAAAACAGCGCCACCAUCGCCACCCCAGCCCAACUGCAGGCGGCUUAUGAUGAUGGAUACCACCAAUGUGAUGCUGGAUGGCUUUCUGAUCAGACUGUCAGGUACCCAAUCCAUGAGCCCCGGGAGGAAUGCUACGGAGACAAGGAAAACUUCCCUGGUGUGAGAACCUAUGGAGUAAGAGACGUCAAUGAGACUUACGAUGUCUACUGUUUUGCAGAAAAGAUGUCAGGCAGAGUCUUUUACUCCAUGUCGGUAGAAAAGUUCACCUUUUACGAAGCCGGCGACCAGUGCACCAAACUGGGUGCCAGGCUUGCCAACACUGGAGAGCUUUACCUGGCCUGGAAAUCCGGCAUGGACGUGUGCAACGCAGGAUGGUUGGGAGACAGGAGUGUACGUUAUCCCAUCAACAUUGCAAGGCCUCAGUGUGGAGGAGGGCUUCUGGGAGUCAGAACCGUAUACCUCUUCCCAAACCAGACAGGAUACCCCUUUGCGGAUUCUCGUUAUGAUGCUAUCUGCUUUCAAGGUAGUGACGAAGAGACUGCAGUUCCUGGAAGAACCACACCUUUCCCGGACAUCAUAAGCAUAACUCCAGCCCCUGGACUUUAUCCAGGCCUCACUACUGUGCCUGGGGGUCAGGAGAUCAAGCAUGGAGGUGUGGACAUUCUCAUCUCACAGCCCGUCGCCCCUCCAUUCACUGACUCCGCCAUGGCUCCCACUGGUGUCGUGUUCCACUACCGACCAAUUACUGGCCGGUACACGCUGACUUUUCUGGAGGCCCAACAGGCCUGCAAGAGCAUUGGAGCGGUCAUUGCUAGCCCGCAGCAGCUGCAAGCUGCCUUUGAGAAAGGCCUGCACCAAUGUGAUGCUGGUUGGCUUGGUGACCACACUGUAAGGUAUCCCAUCGUAUCACCCCGAGAUAACUGUGCUGGAAACCUGCUGCACCAUCCAGGAGUCAGAUCAUACGGCCUGAGGCCAGACUCCGAGCGCUACGACGUAUUUUGUUAUGUGGAACGUCUCCAAGGUGAGGUCUUCUUUACCAGCGACUAUGACAGCUUUUCCUACGAGGAGGCAGUGCAGCACUGUGAAAACCUCAACACCACGCUGGCCACGACUGGACAGCUGUUUGCCGCUUGGAACCAAGGCCUGGAUAAGUGUCGCCCAGGCUGGUUGAUGGAUCGCAGUGUCCGCUAUCCCAUAACAAUCCCCAGAUCUCACUGUGGGGGUGGCCAGGUGGGCGUGCACAUCAUUUACGCCUUCCCCAACCAGACAGGCUUUCCUGAUGAGCAUUCGCGUUAUGACGCCUACUGUUUCAAAGCUGAAAGAAUCAUAGUUGACACUGACAAUGACACCAUUUAUGACCUGUUACUGACGACAGAUGUUAUCAACAAGACAACAGUUGCAGUUGAUCACUCCAUUCCUACUAUUGAAUCUACUGUGGGCUACAAUGACACUGAAACCAGUCUAAACAUCACAGACAUAGAAGAGAUUAUCCAGAAGACAAACACCUCAACACAACUAUCAGUUCCUAUCGUCCCUGUUGAUGGUUCUGGUUCUGGAUCAGGUGAUCACUCAGCCAGUGGCGAUAUCUCAGGGGCGUCCAGCACCACCAGCGGGAGCGGAGGUUCUGGUUCAGGAGUAGAUGUAACCUUUAGUGGACACACAGACAUUUUAUCAGGAGAUAAUUCUGCCUCUGGUGAGCCACAUGAAGCAGAAGGGGGAAGUGCAGUCAUCUUCACCUCAGGAGAGCCUUCCAGUGCAUCUGGGUCUGGAUCUGGAUUUGUUGCAUCGGGAUUGGGAUCUGGUUUUGUUGCAUCAGGAUCUGGAUCUGGUUUCGUUUCAUCAGGAUUUGGAUCUGGCCUUGUUGCAUCAGGAUCCGGAUCUGGCUUUGUUGAAUUCGGAUCUGGAUCUGGCUCUGUUGCUUCAGGAGCUGGAUCUGGCUUCGUCGCAUCUGGAUCAGGUUCUGCCAGUGGCAGUGGAGACAUGAGCGGCAGCGGUGGUGAAAUACUGAUCAACAUACUGGAUGGAAAAGAGGAAGAGCUGUUGAACCCAACCCUCACUGAGCAAGAGUUGGGAAGCGGUAUGUUGUGGACUUCAGGAAUGUCAGGAUCAGGAAGUAUGUCCGGAUCUGGAAGUCUGUCUGGAUCAGGUGACAUUUAUGGAUCUGCUGAUAUGUUUGGAUCAGGAGGUAUGUCUGGAUCAAGAAGUAUGUCAGGAUCAGGAGGCAUGUCUGGGUCAGACAUCAGUGGAUUCUCUGGCAUCACCUUUACAGACACCCGUGCCAUUGACCUAACAGCACAACCAUCAGGAGAGCAGGAGUUGUCUGGAUAUCAUCCCUUUGCAUCAGGCUUCCCCAGUGGCUUUCCAAGUGGUUUUUCAUCUAGUGCUUCCAGCAGCGGUUCUGCCUCUGGCCAACCUUUCCAGACGGAUGGUGACAUCAUCUUUCUAACAGACGAUAGGAUAAAGGAAGUUACUAUUACUCCACUGGAAAAACACCAUCCUGAAGAGGGGCGAGGCGUAGUAGAAAUAAGUGGCCAGGGAAGCGGAUCUGGAAUCCACAUUCAUAGCUCAGGCAGUGACACUUCGUCAACUUCUGGGCUUUCUAUAGCCCUACCCCCUGGAUCUACCACGACCUACCCAGACUACACUGUUCAAUCAGGACAUGACCCAGAGGUGGAAGAGUCAAAAAUCAUUAUUUUAACUCCAGACCCUGUCUACAUCAGUCCGACAACAGCACCCACAGCUUCACUGGAAACCCCUGCUGUGGUGGAGCAACCAGAAGUAGAAGAGGCUGUGCAAGGUUGUCCAGAGGGCUGGUUGGGGUUCAUGGGAAGCUGUUACCUCCACUUUGCGGACAGACACACCUGGUCAGAAGCUGAGCAGCGUUGCCAGGAGCUCAACGCCCACUUAGUCAGCGUCACAUCUGAGGAGGAGCAGCAGUUUCUCAACUCUAAAGGUCAGGACUACGAGUGGAUCGGUCUCAAUGACAAAGACGUUCAGAAUGAAUUCCACUGGACAGACGGCAGUCCUCUGGCAUACGAGAACUGGAGGCCCAACCAACCUGAUAACUACUUCAACUCCGGCGAGGACUGCGUGGUAAUGAUCGGACAUGAGGGAGGCCAGUGGAAUGACGUUCCAUGCAACUACUAUCUUCCCUUCUCCUGCAAGAGUCAGCCCGUGGGCUGCGGCGCACCCCCUGAGGUGGAACACGGGGCACCGAUGGGCGUCACUCGAGCGCGCUACCUGGUCAACACCAAAGUGCGAUACCAGUGUCAAGCGGGCUACACGCAGCGCCACCUUCCUGUCAUACGUUGCAUGGAGAACGGGGAGUGGGAGAAGCCGCAAGUGGAAUGUACAGAAACAGGUGACGCCAACAGCAACAGGCUACACAAAAGGUCAGCGAGGAGCAGCAGAAGUAAAGCAGUCAUCAGACCACAGCAGCACACGAAGACGCCCUGAGCGGGACUGAAAAGCACAAGGGAGAUUCACAUAAAGGACCCCUCAAUGGACAUCAAUGCUAAUGCCCGACCAAAACUGAUAGCAUAUCCCCCCGUCGCGCCUCCUCCUCCAGUGUAAAUACAAACAGGAAAGCACAUUUAGAAGAUGUUAUUUAUAGAGUCUAAUUUAGAGCAGUGCUCCAUGCACAGGUACUACAGGAGAAAUAGGAUUUAUUUAAUAAACAAAAAGUCAAUAUGAGUGGUAUUGAAGGCUCAGAGUGUUAGCAUAACCUUUAUUUCUAGAUCUGUGUUUGUGCUUGUUCUCCAGUGACGACGACUGUGACUCGCUAUCCAAAUCUACGAUCCCACUCAUCUAAUACAGGUUUUGAUUCAAUUGUAAUAAUAUUAAGAUGCAGCUUUUUUCAUUCCAUCCCCUUGGUGAGAACAAAUUAGAAUCGAUUAUGAACAAACAACUCUAAAGUGGACACUGAAGACUCAGAAAUGUCUUCGACGAUUGCAAAAACGUAGGUUUCAAAAUUAAUUUUGUUGAACGCUUUAAAAAUUACUUGAUUAUGAAAACCUGUACGACAAGUUUGAUUGAAGACUCUAAAAAGACAUAAGAUAGGUUGAUUAAAAAUGCUAAAUUGUCUUAAAACUUUACCAAAAGAUGUAUCUUUAACACUGCAUUUUCUUUGAUGUUUACGAAAACAAUACAUUUAUUAAUGACUGUAUUCCAAAACUCUUUGUUUCGGGAAUAAACGUACGUUACUUGAAAUUGUCUUCAGGAUGUACAAAAACGUAAACAGUUAUGACUCUUGAAGUGUUUUCAACGUUAAGUUUGCUGAUUGCAAAAAAAAUAUUUGUUUACACAAACCUAUAUGUCAAGUUUGAAGACCCUCAAAAAAAUGUACAAUCGGUUGAUUAAAAACGCUAACUUGCCGUAAAUUUUGACCAAAAGAUGUACCAUUCUUUAACACUAAAUUUUCUUUGAGGUUUAGGAAAACACUUAUGUUAAAAUAAUCAAAGACUCCUAAAUUGACUUCAAACUUUAUAUAUGUUAAUUGAAUCCAAAACCUCGAAAUGAUCUUCGUUUCUGAAAAAACGUUCAUUACUCGAAAUUGUUUUCAGUGUUUACGUAUUUUUCAAUUUUCUUUGGUGUUCCCAAAAACUUACAUUAAGCUCAUCCAAUACUCAAAACUGUCUUCUAGGUUUACAAAUAAACGUACGUUAGAUUAACUGAAGACUAACUUGUCUUCAGUGAUUACGCAAGUUACAUCAAAAAGACAACAAAUUGCCUUUAAUGUUUCCAAAACCAUACUACAUUCAUUAGCUCUCAGACGCUAAAUUGUUUUCGCACACAAAUUGUGUGCAGAUUGGCAGGUUGUCUUGAAAGGUUACGAAAAGACACAAGUUCUUUGACGCAAUAUGUCCGCUUUGUUAGUUUCGUUGACGACUCCAAUGUUGACAUACGUACCCACAUUACCUGAUCGUAUUUUUGUUACAAACUCUGAAGCUGAAGCUGCGACAAUUAAUCUAUUUGUUUGCGGUAGUCUGUGAAUACAAAAAUGGAGAAAUAGUGACUGUUAGCUGAGACCCGUCGCUGGCUUAACGCACGGGACUCACUGUAAAUAUUGGACUCUAAAACUGUGUGAACAGCAGGAUCUGUCAGUAACUUACAGCAAGCUUACCGUUUAUUUAAUCUUUAAUCAACCUGUAGAGUUUAGUUGAACAAAGUAGAACAAAGAAUCGUGUUUUUAGUCGACAAAGCCAACCAGUUACAGGGAGUCCAUGCUAUCGGAUGACUCUGAGAGAGAAAACGAUGUCCAUCUUUGGUGUUUUAAAACAUGUUCCUGUUUGCACGAGAGUGCAAACUAUCAGAACCCACACAAGCACACAAACACAAAGAAAGCAAAAUAUUGUGAACGCAAACGGAUAACGUGAAUUUAUGCUUGGUUUAUGUUGUCACAAUGUAAAUUAGUAAAUUAAAAUGUAUUUAUAUCAAGCAAAACGUGUUUUUAUAAAAGAAAACAGAAUGUGAAGUUGUGUAAGACUUAAAAAACAGCAAAUAUGUCAAGUGAACUUACAAUGAAUUGUAUUAAAAAUAAAAACACAAGCCCAAUAAAAUACAGGUAAUAAAAACCUAAAUGUGAGGAGAAACUGUUGUUUCUGUUUCCAUGCAUGAACAAACAGUGUGCUGUACUGUGCUGCACCAAAUAAAACCUGGA